UCUCCCCGCUUUGCGACACGCCGGAAGGCGCGGCGGUUGGCGCCUUUGUCCUGUCGGCGGCGGCCCGGGGCGCGGCGGGCCCGAGUUGGAUUUGGAACGAAAGCAAAAUGGCUCGAGGACGCAAGAGCAAUAGCAUCAAAGAGAGCGACUUCACUAACAGCACCCAUCCUCAGGAUUUAGAGAGAAGACUUUUUGUCGGCAAUUUGCCCACAGACCACAUGACUCGUGAAGAAAUGGAAGAGAUAUUUUCAAAAUAUGGCAAAAUCAGGGCCCUCAGCAUGUACCGUGGCUAUGGGUUCGUGCAGUAUGACCGUCUAGAAGAUGUCCAGGCCGCUCUGGACGGUGAGAAUGGGCGUCUGUAUAAAGGGUAUAGAUUAGAUAUUAAUAAAGCAGUGGAAAGAAGAAAUAUGAAUAAGGCUUCAUCAAGGUCCAGUCCGGCACGAAGAGAGCCAUAUGCCUAUGGAGAUGGCCGAGAUGCCAGGCGUGACCGCUCCCCUCUUCGAGGGAGCCCCCGGAGAGACCCUCGGGAUGGCAGGGAUGGGAGAAACGGGCGAGAUUCCAGAGACAUUCGAGCAAGAGACAUACGUGAUGCCAGAGACCACAGGGACCUGCGAGACCCACGGGAUAUCAGGGAUCCAAGAGACCUGCGAGACCCUCGUGAUGUCAGAGAUCUCCGUGACCCACGGGAACCCCUGUAUGAUCGGUACAGGGAUCCACGGGAUAUGAGAAAUCCACGAGAUGUAAGGGAUCCACGAGAUAUGAGAGACCCUCGGGAUCCUUUGUACAGACGAGAUGAAGCGUACGACCGCUACCUUCGCCUGGACGACUACUACCGGCGGAAGGACGACUCUUACUAUGACCGCUACAAAGAACAUUUUGACAGGGCACUGGGGAAUUCAGACGACCGCCUGAAGCGUGAGGAGCGGCGCCGGGAGGAGCUGUACCGUCAGUACUAUGAGGAAAUCAAGAGACGUUUUGAUGCGGAGAGGCCUGUGGACUGUUCUGUGAUAGUGGUGAAUAAACAGACCAAGGAGUAUGCAGAGUCAGUGGGGCGGAAGGUGCGGGACCUGGGCAUGGUAGUGGACCUGAUCUUCCUCAACACCGAGAUGUCACUGACGCAAGCCCUGGAUGAUGUGAGCAGAGGAGGGUCUCCUUUUGCUAUUGUCAUCACCCAGCAGCAUCAAGUUCACCGUUCUUGCACUGUUAACAUCAUGUUUGGCACCCCACAAGAGCACCGCAACAUGCCUCAAGCUGAUGCCAUGGUGCUGGUGGCAAGGAAUUACGAGCGCUACAAAACAGAGUCACGGGAGAAGGAGCGGGAGGAGAUUGCCCGGCAGGCUGCCAAGAUGGCAGACGAGGCCAUUCUGCAGGAGAGGGAGCGCCCGCCCCCCGCCGAGGAGGGUGUCAGAGGAGGGCACCCUCCAGGUAUUCAGACUCUGCUGAACCUGCUGGCAGACAAUCGCUAUCUGACUGCUGAGGAGAUUGAUAAAGUCAUUAAUUACCUGAGAGACCGAAAGGAGCGGUUGCUGAGGGGCAGCAGUGAGGCUCUGCAGGCACCCAUGUCGAGACAGUCUUUGGUGGCACCUUCAGGAUCAUCUCUGGGUAGUCAGUCCAAUCUUCCAAGCUCUCAGGCUCAUCAGAGUUCACAGCCUCUUGUCCCUGCACCUUCUGUUCCAGUGUCCUCUUCUAAUCCUCAGCAGGAGCUUCAAGCAAAAAUUCUCAGUCUUUUCAACAGUGGGGCAGCCGUGGCUGCUGCAGCAAACAGCAGUUCUGCAGCCUCUGCAGGUACAUCGAGCAAUGCUCCCAACCAGAACUUUGCUAACAUGGCCGGCGGUCAGGCCCGCUCAGCACCAGUGAGUGCUGGAAAUUUAAACCAGGCUCCACAGAGAUUGCAGACUCCAGGCACACAGCUUCCAGCUAUCCAAGGCCCUUCAAGAAAUGCAGGUCCAAGACCUGGAGCUCCUCCACCAGCUCAGUCACUCUAUGGUCAACACCAAAAUCGCCUCCCUGUACCUGGCAAUGUACCUGCUCCAAGGCCAGUAUCUGCUGGUAUCAACUUUGACAACCCCAGUGUACAGAAAGCCUUGGACACCCUCAUCCAGAGUGGUCCUGCACUCUCCCACCUAGUGAGCCAAACCGUGGCCCAGGGGCGAUCAGGGUCCUCAGCCCAGCAACCGAUGGGUUCCUACCAGCGACACUAUUAGAGCUGAGCUGCUGGGCCCUUCCUCCUAUCCUUUGCCAUUCCAUAAUUAGAGCUGUCGGAAGAGUCUCCAGUCCCUGACACAGGAGCAGGGCCCCUGGACACACAUGUCCUCUCCACUUUGGCCAGUGUCCCCCCAGUGAUGUUGCUGCUGACUGUUGCUGACUGCCCCUCCUCACCUGGCCCAGUGUGCGGUGCUGGCAGCACACACUGUGUUUGCUGAGCACCAGGAUGUGCUGGGGGCUGCUGCAGGGACCCGAUUGUUGUGUCAAGUCCCAGCAGCUGCAGCAAUGACAGUCCAGUCCCUCAGCUUUUUCCUUGCUCCUAGUGGCUGCUGCAUCUUUGUGGUGUGGUCUGGUCUUGCUGAACAGUCUCUGUAUAAGUUUGGGUUAGUGGUGAGG